ACUGCAGCCGGCGUCUGGCGACUGCGGGAGGCGGCAAAGGCGGUGUGAGCAGCAGGAAGAGAGAUGUUCCUCGUGCCUGUGCUGGAAGCAGGAUGAACCUGGUGCCGAUGGGGGCAGCUCCCGCGCUGAAAUGGAUGAGCCUGUGGAGCCGCCUCCGCUGGGCGGCCGUGCUGGGGCUCCUGCUGGGCUCCCUGGCCGUGCUGCUGCUCCCGCUGGCUGCUGUGGAGGACCAGUGCCAUGCCCUGCUCCAGGGACUCUCCUUCCUGAAAAGUAAACUGGGAGCAGGCUCCUCGGGGGUCACCAGAUACACAGGACAAACCACCGGCCUGAGCGUGACCUCCAGGGGGCUGCAGCUGCUGGUGCUGAAAGGCAAAGCCUCCCCAGAAGUGAAGUUAGAAGCCAAAGCAGCUCUCAACCAAGCCCUGGAGAUGAAGCGCCAGGGGAAGCGGGAGAAAGCCCACAAGCUCUUCCUGUACGCCCUCAAAAUGGACCCUGACUACGUGGAUGCCCUGAACGAAUUUGGCAUCUUUUCUGAAGAGGAGAAAGACAUUCUCCAAGCUGACUAUUUGUACUCCAAAGCACUGACCAUCUCCCCCUGCAAUGAGAAGGCCUUGAUCAAUCGGGACCGGACGCUGCCGUUGGUUGAAGAGAUAGACCAGAGGUAUUUCAGCAUUAUUGACAGCAAGGUUAAGAAGGUGAUGGCCAUCCCCAAGGGCAACUCUGCCCUGCGCCGCGUGAUGGAGGAGUCCUACUACCACCACAUCUACCACACAGUGGCCAUCGAAGGGAACACGCUGACCCUCUCCGAGAUCCGGCACAUCAUCGAGACCAGGUACGCCGUGCCUGGCAAGAGCCUGGUGGAGCAGAACGAGGUGAUUGGCAUGCACGCUGCUCUCAAGUAUGUCAACACCACCCUGGUGUCCCGGAUCGGCUCCGUCACCAUCAGCGACAUCCUGGAGAUCCACCGCAGAGUGCUGGGCUACGCCGACCCGCUGGAGGCGGGGAGGUUCAGGGCCACCCAGGUGUUUGUAGGACAUCACAUCCCCCCGCACCCCCAGGACGUGGAGAAGCAGAUGCAGGAGUUUGUGCAGUGGAUGAACUCGGAAGAUGCCAUGAGCUUGCACCCGGUGGAGUUCGCUGCCCUAGCCCACUACAAGCUGGUUUACAUCCACCCCUUCGUGGAUGGCAACGGGAGGACCUCGCGCCUGCUGAUGAACCUCAUCCUGAUGCAGGCAGGCUACCCCCCCAUCACCAUCCGCAAGGAGCAGCGGGCUGAGUACUACCAUGUCUUGGAAGUAGCCAACGAGGGGGAUGUCAGGCCCUUCAUACGCUUCAUUGCCAAGUGCACCGAGACAACCCUGGACAUGCUGCUCAUCGCCACCACCGAGCACUCCGUGGGCUUACCUGGCGCCGACGGCAGCGCGGCUGGCUGCAACCCCACCAUCCCUGUCAAGACCUGAGGGCUGGGGCCAUUCAGGAGCUGAUGAACACGUGGGAGAACAGGACACCAAGCCACUCAGAAUUCCUGCUGGGAAGUAACUCGACAGGAGGGGUCACUCUCUAGCAUUUCAUUUAUUUAAAGUGUCUUAAAUUCAGUUAAGUUAAUUUAUUUAUAUACGUUUCGCUGAGCUGAAAUGUGAACUGUUGAUGUUGACUGUGCACUAUAACUUGCUUGUGCUACUGGAAGGAGGUAGGCAGGUGUCACAGGGGCUCAACAAGCCCCUCUGACUUUAACUUCUCUUUAAAAUUAAGCUUUGAGAAGCUGCUUCAAUUACAGCCCUUCGCCUGGUCAGGCACCUGCAUUGUCUUACCUUGCCACAGAGCAGCGAGGCAAGACAGGGUCUUAACUGAGUUGUUCUUUUUGUGUUACCUCUUUCCCCAUGUUAAAAAAAUCCUCAGAAAAACCAACCUUGCAGUGAGUGGUCUCCCAGCUGCAUUAAUCAGGCUCUUUCCCAUCAGCCAUCAGGUUUGACAGCAGUGAUCAGGAAGAACAAACUCCAGUUCAGCAAAAGCAUCUCUCUCCUCUCCGUUCUCUUUUCAGGAGCACUUUGCGCGUUUACUUUGUGGCCUUUCCUAGGGUGAGUUUUGUACAAGUGGGAAGUACCUGGUUUAAGGUUACAGAUUGUCACUGAAACAGGAGAAUUGCUCUCAGACUGACAUCACCAAGCUGCUUUUGCUGACAGAAGGGUUGGCCAGAGCUGAGGCCAUGCCUCAGAACCACCUCAUCCAGCAGGAUCCCUGGGAAACUGCAGCUGUCCUCACACAUUUCAGUUGGGGGGUUUGGAAAAAGCUGGCUUGCUUCUGCAGAGCUGUGGGCAGAAGAGGUUAUGACACACAGUGGUGAGACAACCUUUAGCCAUUGUGCCAGUUUGGUAAGAGUGUGGAUAGCAACUGUGCCAAAAAAUGAAGUUUCUUCAAUCUACGCAAGGGAACUUUUCAGUUAAUUAUGAGGUGACAUUAUUGCAGUGACACAAGGUGUCACAAAUCACACAAGGCCUCUUGGUGCUGCAGGGGCAGUUAGUGUAGCACCUGGAAGCUUCUGUGCAAGUCAAAGCAGCUUUUCUUUGCUUUUAAAGUAAAAGCACCUGCAGCCUAACCCUGAAGAGUAGCUCCCAGCCAGCUGUGCAAUUGAUCCCAACACCAAGGUUAGAUGAUUCAAUCCAGUUUCAAGUGCUGUUGCACAACAGCAGAAGUUGUUAAGAUUGUCCCAGCCCAGUGUUAAGUUUCUUCCCUUCUAACUGUCUUACCUGCCAGGCAGCUAGGACACAUCUUACACAAGCAGACUUCAGGACAAGAGGGGAGUUAUCCAGGUACCACAGCACCACUCCGUGCUCCCAUCCCACUUCCUCCUGGCAGGGGAAGCCAACAAUAAAGGAGGAAGGUUGUUCUGCCCUUACAAAGCAUGCUUAUUUUUGUAGUGCAAGGAGAGUAUAAAUAAAAUCUGCACUUUAGAGCUCCGGGAAAAAAAAUACAUGUUAUUUUAGUAACAGAUUAAUAAACUAUUUUAAUAUGAAA